UCUGCCCUUGGCUGGCUGCAGAGAUGGAGCAGCUGCUGCAGGAGCUCAGCUCAGCUUCCAAGCUCUUAAUUGACUACAAGGAGAUGUAUGAGUAUGAGAACCGUCUGAAAACCUUCACCAAGUGGCCCUUCCAGGAAGGCUGCAAGUGCACUCCAGAGAAUAUGGCAAAGGCUGGCUUCAUCCACUGCCCAAGUGCAAGUGAACCAGAUACAGCAAAAUGUUUCUUUUGCUUGUUAGAACUGGUGGACUGGGAACCAAAUGAUGACCCAUGGGAGGAACACACCAAACGUCGCACCUGUGACUUUUUAGCCCUUCCCAAGCACUUUGAUGAUCUGACAGUGGAGGAAUACUACAUGCUGGAGCUGACACGGCUGAAGACCUUCAUUCGCGAAGUUGGCAACCGCACAAUAAACGCUUUUGAAGAAGAAGUCGCGGCGACGAGGCAGAGGCUGGUGAAUUACUUCGGCUCCGGGGCCUCGCUGCCGGCACCGCCGCCUGUCGAGGAUGAGCCUGCAGGCCAGGAGCCGGGAGGCUCAGCCUCCGGCCCCAAGGAGCCCACGACAAGUGAGCUGUGACCUCCGGCUCUACGAGGGUCUCUUUCUUUGGUGCAAACAUCCCUGUCUGGGUCUGAGUGCGAAUCCAAAGCUGAGCGGGUGUGUGAGGAAGUGUGUGUAGAGAACUGCUCCUGGAUCAGGAGUGAGCACAGCCAGGGGUGGGCUGGCUCUCACCGUGUGCUUCCUUGUUAUUGCUGCGUGUGGAGAUAAGAGUACUUCCACUGCCCUGCCAGCGGGUGAAAAGUGUCUGAGCAAAUACUUCUAUUCUGGUUUUUAGCAAGCUGACUUAUUUCUUUUUGAAUAAAGAUUUACAACAAGA